GUGAGGGGACACCGGCACCGGGCGGGGGGGACAGGGACAGCCCCGCACCUGCAGCACCGGGCGGGGCGGGGGGGACACGGCGACUCAGCCCCGCACUCAGACACGGACCCCCCCUCCCGGUGGGACCCCCUCGCUCCGGCCCCGGGGAGGGGGAGACACCGGCACCGGCACCGGGACCGAGCGGGGGGACAGGCAGGAACGCGCUGGGUUCGCCCCCGCGCCUGCCACACCGGGCGGGGGACGGGGGGGCUCCCGGCAGGGACCCUCGCACCGGGGAGGGGCACGGGGGGCACCGGCACCGGCACCGGCACCGGGAGCGUUACCGGGAGCGUGCCGGGGCCGCAGCCCUGCACCUGCUGCGCCGGGAGGGAGGGAGGGAGGGACACGGGGGCCCAACCCCGCACCGGGGAUGCCCCGGCCCGGCCGGGACACCCGCCCGCCGCCCUUCGCCCCGGGCGGGGCCGGUGCCGGUGCCGGGAACUGCGGCGGCUCCUGCGCGGCGGCGGAGAUGGAGCGGCCGGUGCCGCUGCCCCGGCGGAGCCGGCCCCGGGCCCGGCACUACUACGAGGGAUUCGUGGAUAAACGGGGGCCGCGGGAUCAGGGUUACCGGAGGGUCUGGGCCGGGCUGUUGGGGCUCGAACUCGCCUUCUACACGGGGCCCCAGGACCACGAGCCCCUGGAGCUGCUGGACCUGGGCGAGCUGGUGACCGUGCGGGCUGAGGACGGGGCGCUCGUCCUCAGGCUGAGGGGACAAGAGGUGACAAUGAAGAUGGAGAGGUGGGACACGCAGGAGAUGUGGCGGGGAUUCAUCCUGACCAUGGCCAAGAUGAAGGUGCCCCAGGACCUGGCGCUGCUGCCCGGCCACAACUUCCAGCUCCUGCAGGCCCUGCGGGAGGAGCGGGAGCGCAGGGACAGCGCCGUGUCCCCGGCCACCCCCGUGUCACCGGCCACCGCCGUGUCACCGGCCCCCCCCAUGUCACCGGCCACCCCCGUGUCACUGACCACCGCCGUGUCACCGGCCCCCCCCGUGUCACCGGCCACCGCCGUGUCACCGGCCCCCCCCGUGUCACCGGCCACCGCCGUGUCACCGGUCACCGCCGUGUCACCGGCCAGUCCCGUGUCACCGGUCACCCCCGUGUCACCGGCCCCACCCGUGUCACCGGCCACCCCCGUGUCACCGGCCACCCCCGUGUCACCGGCCACUCCCGUGUCACCGGCCCCCCCCGUGUCACCGGCCACCGCCGUGUCACCGGCCACCCCCGUGUCCCCCAGCCCCUCUGAGCCGACCCCCCCGGUGAGGCGCUGCAGGGUGAGGAGGGCGGCCCCGGGCUCCGCCACCGACGUGGAGACCCCGCGCUGCCCGGUGCUGGCGGAGGUGUCCCGGUCCUCGGGCCGGAGCAGCCCCGGCGGCCCGCGGCCCCCCGAGCCCGGGCACAGCGCCCAGCCGGAGUUCGUGCCGCUGGAGGGGAGCCCCCCCCCGCUCAGAGCCGCCCUGAGGAGGGGCAGACGAGCCCUGAGGAGGGGCAGAGCCCCCCCCGGCCCGGGGCCGCUGCCCGCGGAGCAGAUCUACAUGAACGACCCCGGGAGUACCCGGGAGCUGCAGGAGAAGCUGCAGCCGCGCCAGGCUCGGUGAUGGGGACACUCUGGGGGUGCCCCCUGGCCCCCACUCUGUGCCAGCAGCCAGCAGGACCCCCCCUCCCCCUCAGGAAAACUGUCCCCAGUGUCCCCUGGCCUGUGGUGACACCGGGGAAGGAACCCCCUCAUGUCUGGGGGGAGCACUGUAAAUAAAGCACCUGUGCCCACCCAGCCCCUUCCUGCUCCGGCACCACGGGGGUGUCACAGGGACCCCAAAGUCCCCCCCUGUGCCCCAUCCAUGGCCAGGUCACACCUACAUCCCGAUUUAUUGUCCAGGCCAGAAGCAGCUCUCGGUGCUGGGGGGGCACAGAGUGGGGAGGGGGGUGUGAAAUGGAGAUUUUUGGAGUUCACUUAACAAAAUGAAUCAAGCGUUUUCAAUUUUAGCUCGUGGAAUUACAUAUUGAAUUUUAACCUUUCACCUAAGAAACCUUUGCCACAGUACAAAGGUCGCAGGAAAAUACAAAUUUCUGAAGCUUCUUGCAUGAAGGAAAAUAGCAGGGGAGGCAAAGAACCCAGACAAGGGGGGCUCGUGUGUCUCCAAGCUUAUCAAAACUGACCGAGGUACUCAGAUAAACACGAGAAAAGGAGAAAAGCUCAGAAGUUUCAUAAUGAAGAGCAAAUCUUCAGCCUCAGAGCAGCAAACCCCCCCUGCCAAAAGGGCGUGGAGCCAGGGGUUGAAUAUACAUGGAAAAGUGAAUAUAUGUGUCAUAUAUUGCAUAUGGAACAUCUUUGGGAAUAAAGCGUGGGUCAGACUGA